AUGCCCCCAGCGAAGUCUUGGACUGGUCGCCAAUUCUCCAAUCAUUGUUGUCGAUACUGCGACAAAUUAAACAAAGGAUCAAACUUGUCUCGCAAGGAAUCUCAUUUAAGACAGUGUUCCAAUUUUGCAGAACACGUUCAGAAGCUUAGGAAAGAUGAUCCAGAAGAGGAAUUAAAACAGAUAUUCGAUUCGCUCUUGUCGUCUGCAGAUGGUACCGCAUGGAUCAAUCGUCAGUUUCCUUCGCAAAGUUGUUAUCAUUGCAAUGAUGCGUUGCCUGAGGCAAAUCGCGUACGCAAGACAACGCACCUGAAGACUUGUGACGGAUUCAGGGAUCUUGUCCAAACUUUUCUGCAGCAAGGAAGCACGACGGACCUGGACGAGGUUCCUAGGGAUGUUCUGGAACCCGUUCAAAGUCAAUGUACUUUGACAUUGCGGAACGAAUUCCUUGUAUCGUCGCAAAUCACACCAACAACUUUAGCUACACCAGUUCGGCUUUUCCCACACCCACAACUAAGCAACGAGAGUGUUAUUCCUUUUGCGAGCACCCAUGCUUCGCCCGAUCUAAGUGCCGGCAGGCAUAAUGGUUUGAACCUUGAACCAACCAUGAAUUCAACGAUGAUAGAAAGACCAACGCUGCAUCCGGAGCCUUGGAGCAACACAGACCUGUUGCAAGACAUGCAAAGCCUGAGGUGCGAUGUUCGAUGUUCGCUUCAAUGCAUUUUCUAA